AUGCUCUCGUCGCUCUUGCGACGAUGGAAACCGUGCUGGCCUCGCCCGGGCGUGCGCGGGUACGCCACGCAGCUGCCAAAUGACCCGUCGAAGUUCAGGAAUAUGGCGCUGGUUGCGCAUAUCGACUCGGGGAAGACGACGUUGACGGAAUCUAUCCUGCUCAAGUCGGAGUAUCUGGCGCAACCUGGGACGGUGGAUACGGGGAGCACGACGACGGACUUCUUGCCUGCGGAGCGCGAACGCGGGAUUACCAUCCAAUCCGCAAGCAUUCCCGUCAAGUGGAAGGACUGGACGUUCAACCUCAUUGACACUCCUGGACAUGCGGACUUUGGUAUGGAAGUCGAAAGUGCUAGCCGCGUCGUGGAUGGCGCAGUCGUCCUCAUCGACUCCGUGGAAGGCGUCGAGGCGCAGACGAAGGGUGUCUGGAAACAGCUGGACAGGUACGGCGUCUCCACUCGGAUAAUGUUCCUCAACAAACUUGACCGGCCUGGUGCUUCGUUCAAGUCUUCCCUCACGUCCCUCUUGACGAACCGGUUCCACCCCAACCCCCUCGCACUUGUCCUGCCCAUAGCCUCUUUCGACCCUGCCGACUACGACAGGGCAGAACCAGGCAUUCAGGGUCUCGUCGACCUCGUCAACUGGGAAGUGUGGAAAUGGGACGAAGCAGGCGAACACACGCGGCAUACACUUCCUCGGACUGAGCAAGCUCUCUCCCAAGUGGACUGCCUGCCUUCGAAUCACCCCAUCCUCGGCGAAGUGGUCACAGCACGUACUGCAAUGCUCGACAAUCUGUCGAUGUUUUCGGAACCGCUUAUGGAAACACUCUUGUCCUCGUCGGAGACGUCCAACCCUUACCUGGAGGUACCGGCUCAGGAGAUUAAGGAUAUUCUGCGCACGGCGACGCUGAAGAAUGAUAUCCUUCCUGUCGUUGGCGGGGCAGCGUUCAGGCAUAUUGGCACGGACAUCGUCAUGAACUUCGUCGGUGAACUUCUUGCUAGCCCACUGGAUGUCGAGCACGAAAAGCAGAUCGCUACUUCACCGACGAGAAUGCUCGCCUGGAAGGUUAUGUGGGAUAAGCGGCGAGGCUGGAUGACUUUUGUCCGGGUUUACUCAGGCAAAGUAAAAAAGCAAAGCGGCAUCAUGAAUACCACACGCAACCAGAAGGAGCGAAUCUCAAAGAUACUCCUUCUGUACGCCGACCAGGCGGAAGAAGUCGACGAGCUGCCCUUCGGCUCCGUGGGCGUUAUACUGGGCCUUAAGUACACCCGCACGGGCGACACCCUCGAAUCUGAGGCCUCCGAGUCGCACCUGCGCAGCAUCGUGCCGCCCCCGGCUGUCGUCUCCGCCUCGGUCAUCCCGCAAUCGCACGCGGAUCUGGCGCCUGUGCAGGCGGCGCUGGAGUCCCUGGCGCGCACGGACCCGUCAGUGAGGAUCGAUGUGCAGGAGGGACAGCUGCUGGUGCAUGGGAUGGGCACGCUGCAUCUGGAGAUCGUGGAGGGCAGACUGAGAGAUGAGUUCGAGGCAAGGUUCGAGCUGGGCAAGCGGUACGUCUCGUAUCGCGAGACGCUGUCGGACGUGGACACGUCUUCCGUAUCCAACGUGUGGACCUCCCCGGACAUGCACCAAGGCCGGCCCUUCACCGUCACCGUCGACCUCGAGAUGCGGCCUCUCGAGGAUCACGAGCCCAGCGACCCCGCCUGGGACGGUAACGUCGCCCUCGACGCCCACGGCCGGCCCCUCCCGCCCCCCGAGACACUCGGCACCUCCCCUGAAGCCUACAUCGGACAGGGCAUUGCCAGCGCACUCUCCAGCUCCCCGCACACCUCCCUCGCCUUCUCGCGCGUCUUCCUCAAGAUCAAGAAGUUGAACUUCAUCCCCAAGCUCGCUACAUACCUCACGCCCGCGGCGGCGUGGGUCGUGCGCGAGCGCAUCAAGGCGGCGGGAAUGGGGCCGGUGAUGGAGCCGUAUGUGGAUCUGAAGGUCAGCGUGACGGAGGACGCGCUGGGGAAGGUGGUGAAGGACCUCACGGAGCACGGCGGGGAGGUGCUGGACAUGACCGGUGGCAGUGGAUCCGACGUGGAGGAGCCGUACCCUGCGGACGGCGUGUACGUGCCCCCGGAGUGGGUGUCGCCCUCUGGCGGCACUGCGGCGAGGGAGGCGGCGGGCGUGAAGAUGAAGCGCGCGGUGCAGGCGGUGGCGCCGCUCAGCCGGAUGCUGGACUACUCGAAUAGGCUGCGUGCGCUGUCGGGUGGGCAUGGUCUGUUCGAGAUGUCGCCGGCUGGGUUCAGGAAGGUGAAUGAGGCGAGAAAGAUGGAGAUUUUGAGGGAGAUUGGACGUGCGUGAGCGUGCUCUUGUAUUUAUCACGAUUGAUUUGCCCGAAGUAUACACUGCUAAUUCAAGUUACUCUCCGCUCGUCCAAAGCGUUCCAUUGAGCCUGACGCUUAACAAGACAACACCGAUCAGAUUAGCUAUACCAAGGCGUUGACCCUCUCAAUGUACGCCGCCCAUCCUGCAGCCUGGUAACGCUCU